CGGAGCAAGCGCCGCCAUUUUGGUGGCCGGCGCGGAGAAGCCCGGCACGGCGGCUUCUUCGACUCGGAGAAGAUGGAUUCUGGAGCCCGGCCGGGCGGCGGCAUCGCUGCGGGGCAGUCCCGCGAGUACAAGCUGGUGAUGCUGGGCGCCGGGGGCGUCGGCAAGAGCGCCAUGACCAUGCAGUUCAUCAGUCACCGGUUUCCAGAGGAUCAUGAUCCCACAAUUGAGGAUGCUUAUAAAAUACGAAUACGCAUUGAUGACGAACCUGCCAAUCUGGAUAUUUUGGAUACAGCAGGACAGGCAGAAUUUACGGCCAUGAGAGACCAGUACAUGAGGGCUGGCGAGGGAUUUAUCAUCUGUUAUUCAAUCACAGACCGGCGCAGUUUCCAUGAAGUACGUGAGUUCAAACAGCUCAUCUAUCGUGUUCGACGCACUGAUGACACUCCUGUGGUCCUAGUGGGAAAUAAAUCUGAUCUUACACAACUGCGGCAGGUCUCCAAAGAAGAAGGCUCUGCUUUAGCACGAGAAUUCAACUGCCCUUUUUUUGAAACUUCAGCUGCAUACCGUUAUUACAUUGAUGAUGUAUUUCAUGCUCUUGUGCGAGAAAUCCGCAGGAAAGAAAAAGAAGCAGUAAUGGCAAUGGAAAAAAAAUCAAAACCAAAAAGCAGUGUGUGGAAAAGGCUGAAGUCACCCUUUAGAAGGAAGAAGGAUUCAGUCACUUGAACAGAGAGAAUUCCUCUGCAAAAUAAAACCUGUGAACAGCUAUUUGUAACCAAAGCAGUUUAGUUGACAACAUUUUGACAGCAUGUUUUGAACCUGAUGGGACUUUUAUGAGGGAAUGCAUAACUUUUACCAAUUGUUUUUGUUUAGAGUGAUAUUCCCUUAAUUUUGGAUAUUUAACUUAAGACACAGUAACAGUUGUACUUUCGUUUGUUCUCAUUUUUUAACUGGAUCCAGCAAAUGUUGCUUGUAUGUCAUUGGUUACAAGUGCUGAUAGGUUUAUGUCCCUGCACUUUUGAAUGUUUGUCUUCGGUCACUGUGUACUGGAAGCUAAAUUGUGUAAAAUAUUGCUGAAGUUCUACCCACCCUAACUUAAUGUUUUUUCCUAGUUGUUUGCACAAGAAAAUUUUGCUGCUCUCCGGAACAGUAACCCACAUCAUUAAAGGUGGCUUGUCAAGGUCGUGCUGAAAAGUAGUUUACAAAGUAUAUGUCAUGACUAACAGCCUUGGCUGUGUAUAGAUGUCAUUGAACAGAGCUGUGCUAGAGUUCUUGUGUUCUCAUUGAAUAGACUUUUUCCAGGAGAAGCAAUGUGGAACAUUUGUACAAAUUUAUGUAAAUUAUCAUUUAAUCAGCAGUGUUGUAGGUGGGAUUCUAAACAAGUCAGAAAAAGCAAAUUAUGGUUCCUAUGGCAGCUGUAACUUGGCAACAGUGCAUGAAUAUGUAGCAUUUUCCUACUGUAUAUAGCAUUUACUGUGUUGCCACAGCAUGUGUAAGGUAGCGAUGCUGUAGGUGCUGUAGAAACCACAGCUUUGAAUUUUCUGUCUUGCUUGUUAAAAAUCAUAGCUCUAA